AUGGACCGCAUCAGUGAGUUGCCACAUGAAAUUCUUGGUAGUAUAUUGUCUCUCUUGCCACUAAAGGAGGCAGUGGCUACUAGUGUUCUCUCAAGGCACUGGCGAUAUGCGUGGGCAUGGUCUACUUUGACACUUGAUUUUGAUCCCGAGGAAACUUUGGUCGGCUUCAAAUACCACAGUCGAACAUUGCAAAACAAGAAAAGCCAUAGGUAUGUCAAUUGGGUCAAUCGUGUAGUGGAACAACAUUCUGGCCCUAACAUCAAACUAUUUAGGGCUUGCUUCGAUCUAGAUCGCCGCUUUACAAGUUCCAUCGAUAAAUGGAUUGAAUUUGCAUUGAAAAAGAGAGUUCAAGUGUUAGUCUUGGAUUUUGUUAAGGAAUAUGGAAUCAACAAAGAUUCAUAUAUGUUUCCCCGCAAACUGUUAGGUCUCGAGGAAGGGUUUGCUUCAAGGCGUUGUGUUGGACUUAAAUCCCUCAAAGUUCUUUCUUUUAACUUUGUUGAUGUGACUGGAGAAAUUCUAGAGCACUUCUUGUCAGUAUGCCCAUUUCUUGAGCGAUUAUCAGUGUCUUUUGUCGAAAAGUUAGUUAACUUAAGAGUUGUUGGUUCAUCAAUUGCAUUGAAGUACUUAAAACUAGAAGAAUGUGAUGACCUCAAAAGAGUUGAAAUUUAUGACACAAACCUUGUUUCGUUUAUUCACACCGGGACUGCAAUAGACUUGCGUCUCAGUAAUGUACCCUCUCUGGUUGAGGUAGCCAUUACUAGUCAGCGUAAUGACAUUGCUCGUUUAUGUGCCUCCACUGCUUUCAUGAGACUUGCCUUUACCCAACUUGCAUGUUGUCUUUAUCAGCUAGAGACUCUCAUGAUCAAUACUCAAGUAGCGGAGUACAAUAAGGAUUACACCUUUCCUAUAUUACCAAAUCUCAAGCAUUUGGAGUUAACGGUCGAAGGAGAUUACAAGUUGAGUCUUAGCCAAUUAUCGUCUUUUAUGAAGGCAUCUCCUUACUUGCAGAGACUUGCGUUGAAGUUGCGAUUCUGGGAGGAGCCUUUUAAUGAGGGGAGAAAAAUAAAGAAAGCUGCCAAAUGCCCCCACCAUUACAUCAAGGUAGUAGAAGUAUCAGGGUAUUGUGAUCGUACAAAUGCUGUCGAACAUGUCAUGUUCUUGAUGGAGAAUGUUGUUGCUCUCGAAAAACUUGUUAUUGUUCCUUAUUGGUCGUGGGAUUGUCAUCAUAGCGGAUCAGAAUCGGGAAAGAGAGAAAGGAAGAAGGAAGCAAAGAGUAAUGGCAGCUUUGCUGAAUGUCGCAGUUACCUCCUUGACCGUUUUGUUGGCUUUCUGUAUAGUCUGGUGGCUAAAGUCCUCUCAAGUCAAGAGUUUGUCUAUGAACGCGACCAAAAACGGGUUCUUGAAAUGGCGCCUUGGACGUAUUGGCGUUUUUUGGAUGCUACUAGAUGA